UCGGACUUUUCAGCUAGCAACUACUGCAAUGCAAGAAACUCGAAUGUGUAGCUGUUCGUAAACGCAACGAAACAACAUGUUCGGGACAUUGCAGGAUACAAAGCGGUUUCAGUGGUGAAAGCUGGCAGUUCAUUGCCUCCUUGGAAGCAACUGAGGAUGAGAAAGAGUACUCGGUGUACUCUGCUGUCUCCUCCAAGGCGAGGUGUCUUCGUGUGAGCCAAGUAUGCAGUGUCAUGCAUGAGACUCAGAUUUCAUCCACAAAGUAGUUAAGAAGAAGCUGCUUCUGAACGAGUCUGCAUCAGCUAAUAACAUCAAGACUUCCUGACCCAGCCUCGGCUUUGCACCAAGCUCUUGAGUGUGACUGUUAGUUAGAGUGGGAACCACUUGCCUCAGGAAAAAAAACAAAACAAAUGUGCCUGCCUAACUGAAGACCAAGAGCUGACGGUGUCCUGCUCACCUGCUGCACAGGUGGAAGGUCAAAGUGUUGUACUGCUGUCACUCUGCAGUGGCAGUUAUGAGUGCUGUUGGUCAGGAUUUAUUAAGAACUUGUAGUCCAUCUACAGCGACCAACAGAAAAUUUACAACUCUACUCAGCUGGAGCUGACAUUUCAAAAGUAAUUCCAAGUGAGGAAGCACUCACUGAGGGGGGGGGGCCUCCAUCUCAGGCUCAUUGGGCAUCAUCUCGACUCUUACUUCCUAUCCUGCCUAUCAAAGUCCACCCAAGACCCUUGACCUCUAAAGUCAGCCCUUCAGAAAUAACCACAUCUUUGUUAGGCAGUGCCAUGCCCACCAACCAGUCCUCCCCCUGGGGUGGGGGGAAGCUACGGGCUUGCUCUAAUGCUGACGGUCCUGCCACUACAACACCUGUCAGUACACACGCCAAGACAGCUGCGGCCACUAAGGUGCCUUUUAGUCAGACUUCCCUAGAGUUAUCCAGGAGAAAGGACCAAGCCAAAUCUCUCUCCUCUGCUGUUGCCUCCUCUGCCUCCCCGUGGAGGCAGACAACAGUCGCCCCCUCUGGGGCUUCUGUAUGGGACAAUGGGGACGGACGUAAAACCAACAACCAGAGCCAAUUCACCGCUGUGCCAGAUCGGUCUCCAACCCUGCCACAACAGCUUAAUGUGAUUCAAAUCCCAAACCAGGUACUGGCAACAGGACUGAAGCAGGCUGGCAGCAGCCUCACAGAGACCAAUGCCCCUUCCUCCAUCCCCAAGAAAGAAUGUCAUGCUGGGUUUAAUGGUCUGCUGAUGGGUAACAUGCAGAACUGGACGUCGCUCCAAACCUCUCAGCCUGAAAACGGUUUAGCAAUGGGCAGACGUCUGGAUGCCACAGGUGAUGCACCGCUGGGAUUGGAGCCUCUUUUGUCUGUUUGUCAUCAAGAGCUGUUUGUCAGAGGACAGUCCACCCUGCAGCAAACUAACAAGUCGAUGCUUGAGGCCGCAGACUGUCCCUCUUUGCCGUCAGUGCCUCCUCCAUGCCUUACUCUCUGUGAACAUCGGGGGGCAGCAUUGGGAAAGGAUGCCUCCGGCCUCGACAGCACAAAAGCAGAAAUAAGAAGCACAGCGAGAGAAACGACUGCAAGGAGGUGCCAUUCAGCUAAACCAGCAACAAAAUGCAGUCAGACACAAAACAGUUGCACAAUAAUAAGUGAUUUAAACAGUCUAUUGCAAGUAAGAGGUGGUCCUCCUGCAGUUUUGGCAGCAACUACAAACAGCAAGCCACAAACAAUGACAUCACUAGACGUAAACAAGCAAGUCCCAGAAAGUCAAAAUCCACCAGGAAGCACCCUGUCCACAUGUAGAAGAACUGGUCCUCCAGAGGUCAGUCCCUUUCCAAAUGGCCCCAUGCCAACUGUGCUCAGUGCCAGUGUCAGUGCCAGUCAAGAGCAGCAGCCCACACCGUCGGAUAUCAUCCCAGAUGUGGCCCCCUGUCCUGCGGGAACCCUGGUGGGUUCUGUGACCACUCAGAUCUCCGCUAUCCACCUGACCAAGCAGGGGCAGCCUGCCUCCAUGUCAUCUUCAUCCUCGUCCCCAUCUUCUUCCUCACCCUUGCCGACAGAGGAGUGUGCGGUUGGCGAGACUCAGCUGUCCGGCCGGGAGUGUGUCAUGCAGGUGGAUGGAGGUGAGGAAGAGCUGCCCGAUGAGCUGGAAAACGCCUGUAGUGACGACGAUGAUUCAGACUGUUCAUCCAGCAAUGGCGCUUCAUCUACAGCAUCCUUCGCUCUCCUCUCUGGUGUUGAGGAGCCGAUGUUAUUGGGGGCCGAGGAUGAUCGAGAAGAGCAUCCAGCGCUGGUUCCCAGUUUGUUCCCCCUCAUCCCUCCAACACUCUACUUCAGCACCGCCAGUGAGAAAGUGGAGCUGCUGCCUGCGGAACAAAGACGACUGUUAAAAUGGAAGAUAAGCACCGUCACUCCCAACGUGGUCAAACACACCAUCGCCAGGUCCCACUUCAAAGCCACCAAGAAAAGCCACGACUGGCUCGGCUGCUGGGGACACCACAUGAAGUCUCUAGGCUUCAAGGCGCUUGAGGAGCACCAGAAGUUGAACCACUUCCCAGGGACGUUCCAGAUUGGCAGGAAGGACCGUCUGUGGAGGAACCUGUCCAAGAUGCAGGCUCGCUUUGGGAAACAGGAGUUUAACUUUUUCCCCCGAACCUUCAUCCUUCCUCAGGACAUCAAGCUGCUCCGCAAGGCCUGGGAGGACGGUGGCUCCAGGCAGAAAUGGAUCAUCAAACCUCCUGCAUCAGCCAGAGGAAUCGGUAUCCAGGUCAUCCACAAAUGGAGCCAGAUGCCCCGUAAGAGGCCGCUGCUGGUCCAGAAGUACCUUCACAAGCCCUACCUCAUCAGCGGCAACAAGUUUGACCUGAGGAUCUACGUCUACGUGACGUCCUACGACCCGCUCAGAAUCUACAUCUUCACUGACGGACUGGUUCGAUUCGCCAGCUGCAAAUAUUCGUCUUCCAUGAAGACUCUGAGUAACAAGUUCAUGCAUCUGACCAACUACAGCGUCAACAAGAAAAACUCUGAAUACCAGACGAACAGCGACGACAAGGCCUGCCAGGGACACAAAUGGGCUUUGAAGGCUUUGUGGCAAUAUCUGGGUUCUAAGGGAGUCAACACCACUCUGAUAUGGGAGAAGAUUAAAGACAUUGUGAUCAAAACCAUCAUUGCGUCAGAACCGUACGUCAACAGCCUGCUGAAGAUGCACGUCCGGACGCCGUACAGCUGCCACGAGCUGUUCGGCUUCGACAUCAUGCUGGACGAGAACCUCAAACCCUGGAUCCUGGAAGUUAACAUAUCACCCAGCCUCCAUUCCAACACAGCGCUGGAUGUUUCCAUCAAAGGUCAGAUGAUCAGAGAUCUCCUGAACCUGGCUGGCUUUCGUGUUCCUCAAAGAGAUGAUGUGGUCGCUCCCUGCAGCAGCACCUCCAGCUCCACCAGCAGUCUGUAUGGCGGGAACAGGGAGAGGAACAAACAAGAUCUGUCCGCUGAUGAGAAAGUUAAACGGGCAUUUUACCUCACACAGCGCUACGCCGACCAGGACUUCCUCCCGACAGUGUUGGAUAUCUUGACUCCAGAGGACGUUCGCGUGCUGGCAGAGACCGAAGACGAGCUGAACCGCCGGGGAGAGUUUGAGCGAAUUUUCCCGUCGCCGUCGUCAUCUCGCUACCUUCGCUUUUUCGAGUGUCCAAGAUACCUCAGCAUCCUGCUGGAUCAGUGGGAGCAGAAGUACUGGAACAACAGGACAAAGGGUAUCAGUCUGCUGAGGACUCUCUGUCAGAAAGGAGUCCAUCUGGGAACCAGUGACCCUGCUCAUAUAUGGUCCAAGUGCAGCUACAUCUCCAGGUUCGAACCCCACAGACAAGACAUUGUCAGCCCAUCAAGAUCCAGGGUGGUGGUCAGCCAUCGUCACCGGUCCCAUCGUGAUGACAAUGACGACGGGUCGGACAGGGAAGUUGCUUCGGUCUCCAGUCUGCCUGUUUCGCCAAGUCCUGGAUCUAGUGUCACCAGCAGUGCCUGUGCAAGUCCUCAGCCCAGCCUCACCCAGAGCCUGCUGCCCCAACAGUUUGCCUCGCUCUGAUGACCCGGUUUGCUAACAUGACGCUCAGCACCCAGAACAGACACAAAAGCUCACAGUCUUAUUUAGCCCUGUCCUCUUCCCAAGCACCCAUCUAAUGUGUGUCUACUGGCUCUGAAACACUCACUCUGGAUUAGAAAAGUACGUAGACCUGUAAGCUUGAAGCCCAGUCUUAACAAACACUGUAGGAGGGCAGUGAUUCUGGUCUGUAACAGAUUUGUAAGUUGCUACCAAAAUGUGCUCUUUUAGUGCUAAAAUCAAAAAAGCAGUCAGUUCAUGGCGGCUUCUGCUUUCUGGUUUUAACAUAAGUGAAAAUAUAACAUUUAAAGCACCAGAACAAUGGUUUUUUUUUUUUUAUGUUUUAUCCCAUUUAAUGCAAAUUACAUUUAUGCCAAUCAUUGUCCAGCCUUUUAGAUGGUUGAAUUUUUUUUUUUUCUGAGCAGCCGGUGGUUUCAGUUCGUUUCUUUGCAGUGUGAAAAUCAUCCUGCAGAGACUCGAACCAUGCUGGAGACACAUAUAGUAAUCCGUAAAACAGUGAGCUUUACGUCUGCUUAAAUUUGCGUUAUUAUAUGUCGAUGCAGUGCAAACUUCAGCUUCAGCAUAACCGUGCAAUGAAUGACAAAAAUAGAGGCAGACAUUAUAGUUGUGACAGUCUGAUUUAUUUCAGCACGAUAUCAGAGUAUUAACUUUAAAUCAUUAACAUUAUUAGCACGUGAACAUGCUUGUUAAAGCCGUGUUCAAACCUAUAUUAAAACAGCAUGAAAGCACUUUGCACCCUAGGCUCCAGCACCUGGCUCUUCUUUGCCUCAACACGUCACCUGGCAAAGAGAUGCGUUGGCCAAUCAGGUAGAAGCUAGCUGCAUGGCUGAUAGAUAUGUUAUAACAAGAAAUCCGUUAUUCUGCUGUUUACCUAGCGAGUGUUGUGACAGAGGUUGAAAUGACUGAGUUGUGAUACCUUCUCAGAGUUAGCUCAUAGUAUUAUAAUCUGCUGUGCAGUGGCUUCGGAUAAGUCUUAAAAUUCAUGGAUGUAUUAGUGAAACUAGAUGGUACUUAUCUGCACCAGUAGCUACAUGCUACAUGCUGCUACGUUCACACAGACUCUUGUGCCAUUUUCAGUCUGAAUACCUGCUAAGAACAAAAUCCUCAGAUCUCAUCUGCCCGCACAUGUCGGUCCUCACUGGCCUUCGGUACUAAACCUAAACUGUGAAUAAGACAUGCUGGGUUUCCUCACAACUUCUACCACCAAGCAACGUUGGCAUAGUCUGUAUAUUUGUGUGUUGGAUACACACACACGAGCACAAACAAAACUGCAAAGCCAACGUUACCUUACAGUACAAAACAGUGGUCCAAAGCUGAGGUGAUAAAUAAUGACACAAUACUGUGAUUUCUCUGAUCUCUUUAAAUCUUAAACUGUGGUUGGUUUGGUUUUAAGAGGACUGUGGAGCAACUGAUCGCACAAGUGUCACAUUCUUAGCCUUAUGGACUUGUGUGUGUGUGUGUGUGUGCGUGUGCGUGUGCGUGUGUGUGUGAGUGUUUGUGUGAAAAUAGAGAAGACAAGGCUCAGUAGAAACAUAAAGGGAGGGUUGGGGAGUUGAAGAAGAGUAGCGCUGCAGGAGGAGACAAUUCUGAGCUCACCAGAUGUUCUGUGGUGUUGAGGUCUCUGCAUCGUAUUUCAAACAUCCUUCAAACUUCGUGUCACGACUUAGUUUUAUUUUCACUGGUUGAUGGUGGUGGUGAUUCAUAAUGUUGAUUCCCAGUAUGUUAGAAAUAUGUAACAUGACACUGACAUACAUGUUAGUAGAAGUAAAAGUAAGUAUUACCAACAACAUUGAUAAUUUCUGAAAGGAAAAAAUAAAGGGGGGGGCUUUAAUUUUCUUUUCUGAUGAUUUCACAAAAAUGAUAGUUUAUAGAAUUUCUUGAAAGCUGCCAAAAUUCAAGUCCAGCAGCAGAAUUGAUCCUGGAUUGGUGUUUAGUAUUUGCUGUUUGAGAGAAAGGGGCUAUUUGUAUGUUAGCCAGCAUUAGCAUUACCAGCUGUUUACUUACCAGUCGAGAGGAAAUGUUGCAGCUUCGAGUCACUGUGGCGCCCAGGCUGACCUUAAGAAGUAGCGCUCCUCGGAGGACGUAUUAUCGUGUAAACACAAGGAUGGCCGAAGCUCUUGCCAAGACUGGUAAGUAAACAGCUGUUAAUGCUAAUGUUGGCUAUGUGGCAAUAGCAAAAACUUACAAAUUGCUCCCUUAAGAGUUCUUAUUGUAUCCUCAGGAAAAAAAUAUAAAAUAUAUACAUCUACUGUGAAGACACUUUCACAAAUUUUACUUCAAACCACUUGAAGUUGAAAAUAUUUGGGUACAUGUCCCACUCUCCCUUGUGUGAAUAUUUGAAAUUCUCCAAAGUCAUAAUAAUGCCCGUUACCAUGGAAAUUAUUUGAGGUGUCAUUUUAUUCAGUCAUUCCUGCUGUAAGAAGUUACAAGACGUGUGGAAGCUAACCUGUUUACAGACGAGUUUUAUUAUGCAAUUUACUAACAGACUGCUGUGCAGUGUCAGUAUGUAGCGCACAUUUAUAACUUCAAGGAACCUUUUACUAACACUUCAUUAUUGUACAUGGAAUAGAAGGGGAAAUAAGAAUAUAAGUGUAUUAAAAUGCUGAUUUAAAAAUAGUCAUUGCAUUUAAGUAAAAUUGGCCAUUAUGGGUAGUUUUGUAUGUCUUUGUUUUUGUUUUAUUCAUGCUUUCGGAUAAUAAAUAUAUCACGUUUAUCAAAACUUGUCUUAUUCUGUAGUUAUCCAAAAGAAAUGUAAAACUAGCUCAAAUGUACGAAACCCCCCAAUGUAGUUGUUCAUAACAUCUUAUACUUUGGACCUUGCAUCGUAAACCAUCUGCGCCGCAAAGUUUCUGCUCCCCUUUAGAACAGCCCUGUUAUUUUGUCAAACUGAUGUUGAUUCACAAGUACAAUCUUUUAUUGAGCACCGCCUUUCAGUCUUGGAUGAAGUCGCUACUACAAAGCCUUGAUUGGCUCCCGGCCUUGGAUGAACGACAGUAUCCGCUCCUUCAAACAAACCUGUCGUGGUAUAGAACAUUUGUGGAAAUCCAUCUAUGAGUUCAGUAUCAGCAUUUGAAGGAAACUUUAACUGAAUUUAAUAACAUGGUUGAGGAUGUCAGAGCUAUUUACUUUUUGACACCUUCAAUAACAUCGUUUCAGGCUGGUUCCCGUCGGCUGGAGAAUUUUCUGGAAUAGCAUUAUUAGAUCUCAGCACCGCCUUUGAUACUGUGGACCACCCUAUGUUGGUUGAGAGGCUCAGGCAGUGGGUGGGUAUCUCUGGAGCUCUGGCUUUGGAUUGGUUCUCCUCGUACCUUUUCAUAAUUAUGCCUCAUCAACUGAAUCUCUGCCCUGUGGUGUUCCCCAAGGUUCUGUCCUGGGCCCCAUGCUGUUUGCUUUGUAAUUGCUUGCUCUUGGGCAGAUAAGUAAUUUUAAAGGUAUCUCCUAUCAAUGCUGUGCAGAUGAUAUUCAAUUAUAAAUUUUGUUCAAGCCUCUAAAUGUUGGCUUGGAUGGCUGAUAAUUGUCUACAGCUGGCUUUGAGUGUGACCGGCACUGAGACUGUUUGGUUCACUCCUGUUUCUACCAGCUGAGAAAUGUGUUAAACACAGGCCCGUUGUGUCCGUAACUGAGAUGGAGAUGAUUAUAUGUGCGUUCGUUUUCUCCAGGAGUUUAGGACUGUUCUUCCAACUUCAAGCAAGACAUCCCAGAACUGCUUACAACUGGCCCAAAAUGCUGCGGCCAAGCGUCUGACCAAGUCCUCUAAAAGCUGUCGUUUAACUCCAAUCCUGAUUUCUUUACACUGGCUUCCAGUCAAAUUCAGAAUCCAGUUCAAGCUUCCCGUUUCGGGUCUUGCAUGGGCAGGCGCCUGCCCACAUUACCAGUAGAAGGUCGUCUGAUCAGCGUGUAUUGGUUUGUUCCUCGCUUCAGGCUAAACUUUGAAUCUCUCUCCUUUUGGACGAUCUGUGGACAAGACCAAUUUGUUUUGUUUUUUUUGUUUUUUGUUUCGUUCUUUUUUGUUCUCAUUUGAUUUUUAUUCACUCUGUUGUGACGCAACAAAAAGGUGCUAUACAGUAUACAUAAAAUGUACUUGGUUAAUGACCUACCAUGUAAACUUUCAGCUCUAUCGGGGAAAGAUCAUUCAUACUGGAGUGUUAAUAUUUUCAUUUGACAGUACUGACAAGCUGCUCUGACACAUUUAGCAGAUUCCACUUAACACUACACCAUCCUGUUUGUUGGCUGCUUUACAGAAUCUAUAUAUAUACUGUAUUUAUAUAUAUCUAUAUAUAUAGAUAUAUAUGUAUAUUACAAAGUGAAAUAAUAACUGCAUUUGAAAAUGUUUUUAACAUAAUUAUAAUGUUAUAAAUAAGGAGGAGAUAAUCAUAUUUUUACUAACUUGACAAUUGUAAAAUUUCUAUGUGAAAGGGCUGUAUAAGUUGCUCAGGAUGACUCUUUAAAAAAUAAAAGUUAUUUGAGGUGCA